UUCAAGCACCCUAAAACACACACUGAAUUUCACACAAAAAAUUCGAGUUCCACCAAUAUGUUGUCAAAGAACCUAGUACUGUUUACGUUGUUCAGUCUAUGUAUUCUUGAUUUUGACAGGCCCAGCUAUGCGUCUGAUGACGACGAGCGACAGCCGUACAUUGUUUACAUGGGAGAACUGCCGGAGGACAGGAUUUCGUUGAUGGACGUACACCACAACCUUCUAGUACAGGCCAUUGGAGAUGGAACAAUAGCUAGGAACUCCAAGAUACAUAGCUACGGGCGGAGUUUCAAUGGUUUCGCGGCAAGGCUAUUGCCCCAUGAAGCAAGACGACUAUCUCAGAAAGAAGGCAUUGUCUCAGUGUUUCGUAGCAGAACACAGAACCUUCUGACAACAAGAUCAUGGGAUUUUCUUGGAAUGUCGGAGAAAUUGAAGAGAAAUCAACAGGCUGAGAGCAACAUCAUAGUAGCUCUCCUUGAUACAGGAGUAUGGGUAGAAUCCCCCAGUUUUAAUGAUGUGGGGUUCGGACCUCCCCCUCUCAAAUGGAAGGGCAAAUGUGAAGAAGGUGGAAAUUUCACUGGUUGCAACAACAAGGUCAUUGGCGCACAAUACUUCAAUCUCGCACACAGCGUACAACCCUACGAGACUACUCCGGUGGACACCGAUGGGCACGGAACACACACCGCCUCCACGGCCGCCGGCGUGUUUGUAGAAAGGGCAAGUUUAUACGGCAUUGCAGAAGGAACAGCACGCGGUGGGGUGCCAUCAGCACGCAUAGCAAGUUACAAAGUGUGUUGGCCAAGUGGCUGCGAGGAUGUAGACAUUUUAGCUGCAUUCGACGCAGCCAUUGCUGAUGGAGUGGAUAUCAUAUCAGUAUCCAUUGGCGGAGCAUCCAGGAGUUUCACUAAGGAUCCUAUAGCCAUCGGAUCGUUCCACGCCUCCAGGAAGGGGAUCCUCACCGUUUGUGCAGCCGGGAAUGAAGGACCAUAUGAAGCCACGGUCCAGAACGCUGCACCGUGGAUCAUGACAGUAGCAGCUAGCACCAUAGACAGGCAGUUUCAUGCUGAUGUUAAGUUGGGCAAUGGAGAGAAGAUUUCUGGGAUUGCAGUCAAUACAUUUGCUCCAGAAAAGGGGUUCUACCCUUUGACAAAUGGAGCUCAAUCGAAAAAUUUCAGUGGAGAUUUAUAUGGGAAUGCCAGUGCCUGUGAUUACGGCUCGCUGAGAACGGACAAGGUGAAAGGUAAAAUCGUGUAUUGCCAGGGAGCAGGCGGUGAUACUGUCGUUCAAAACCUGGGUGGAGCCGGCACCAUCAUGUCCAGCAACGAUGAUUUGGAUACCGCGUUCGCCACGAUUGGAAUUGGAACCUAUAUCAGUGUUGAGGAUGGUCAGAGGAUCGAUAAGUACAUAAAUUCCACUAGAUCAGCUCGAGCUGUUGUAUACAAAACAAGAACUGUGGAAGCUCCAGCCCCUGCCGUAGCUUCGUUUUCAUCUAGAGGACCUUCUAGAUUAAGUCCUAACAUUCUCAAGCCUGACAUUUCUGCGCCUGGGGUUAACAUAUUGGCUGCUUACUCAAAAUUCACCACAGUUACCGGAGAAGAAGGCGACAAACGAGUGGUGAAAUUCAACGUAGAAUCUGGAACUUCAAUGGCAUGCCCUCAUGUUGCAGGGGCUGCUGCCUAUAUCAAAUCCUUCCAUCCGAGAUGGUCACCUGCUGCGAUCAAGUCUGCUCUAAUGACCACUUCAAAACCGAUGAAGAUAAAGCCGUUGGAGGCUGAAUUAGCCUCUGGCUCAGGAGAAAUCAACCCGAGAGCAGCAGUGCAUCCUGGCCUGGUUUAUGACAUCGGCACAAAAUCCUACGUUAGUUUUCUCUGCAAACAGGGCUACGAAAGCAAAGAUGUUGCUCUCAUAACAGGCAAAAACUACAAUUGCUCAAACAUUACACAAGCAAUAGGAGCGGAUGGACUCAACUAUCCUUCAAUACAUCUCAAAGUCGAUAACACUGAUUCUGUCAUAUCAGCUGUGUUUUAUCGUACUGUAACAAACGUUGGAAUCGGUAGAUCAACGUAUGUGGUUGAUAUUGAGCCCCCGGAGGGUCUUUCAGUCGAAGUCACUCCCAACAUCUUGAGAUUUUUCCGGCUUCACCAGAAGAAGUCGUUUAAAGUGAUGUUGAAAGGCAAAAGCAUCCAGAAGAAUAUGUGGUACCUCUCCGGAUCACUAUCCUGGAGCGACUCCAAGCAUCAUGUUAGAAGUCCUAUUCUUGUCUCCCUUCCAACAGAUUAUUAGUGUAUUCUUACACCUUCACUUUUGUGGCAAUUCCAUUGCUGUAAAGCAUCAUCUGUAUGAUGAAAAGGGUGUUUAUUCUCACUUGAUUGUGUCAUCCUACGCCUACAACAUACUUAGUGCAAUGCCAAGCCAAUUUCUCAUGCCCAUAUAUACAAAAAAUGAGCUAAUCAA